UUGGCUUAUUAAAAAAAUAUGUAUCUUGCAUAUUCCACACUGGCAACGAGUACAAAGUUAAAACAGACGGUCAGAAAAGUAUAGGAGGAACAGAAGACCAUAAAAAAUCAGAAACUUGCAUGAACAAACACUAAAAUGAAACAAAACAAGAUAAUGUAAAAGCAUGGCCCAAUCCGGCAUGACCCAUCUGUUGUUUUGCGCGCGCGCCCGCACGCUGUCGCCCCUCAGGCUUCCGCACUCCCUCACUUUGGUCAGUCAGUCAGUCAUCAUGUCUAAUAAUAACUCCAGCAGCAGUAAUGUGGUCGCGGCACAGAAAAUCGUCAAACAGCUCAGACUGGAGGCCAAAAUACGACGAAUUCACGUGUCUCAAGCUGCUACGGACCUGAAGAACUUCUGCCUCCAGAAUGCACAUAAAGACCCACUGCUGAUGGGGGUCCCAUCCAGCGACAACCCUUUCAGACCCCCAACCUCCUGCAGGUUGCUUUAGGAGCUGUCGAAGAUGUUGCAGAUGCUGCCUCGUUCGCCAACUUCACACUACCCCGUCAAGACAUCCUGGAGCACUACACAAACACACACACAAUGCAUUGGUUAGCAUUAAAGCG